AUGUCGGGGAUAUCUGAAGAUAAUCUAGACAAGGCUGAUGAAAUUAUUUAUACUAGUCAAGGAGGAAAUGAUUUACUUUAUAACCAUCACCAAAUUGUCUCUCAACAGUUGACACGUGGGAAUUUAGCAUUGAAGAAUACCAGGGACAAUGGUAAUCCUGUCCGAGUUAUUCGAGGUCAUUUGUCAAAGAAUAGCUAUACUAGAAAGGUCUACACCUACGAUGGGCUUUACAAGGUUGUAGAUGACUGGGUGCAGAAUGGAAUGCAAGGCCAUGUUGUUUUCAAAUUUAAGUUGAAACGGCCUGAGGGUCAGCCAUCAUCGACAUCUCACCUCCUCUUCCUUGUCUCCCUGGUUUGA